AUGCCCAUCUUCCAGGACGAUCUCGAACACCACCAGCACCUCUUAUCAUCCAUAGCCGAGCACAGAGCGGCCGCCGCGCCAGAAACACCGCAAGCAGUUCCGCCCAUACCACAACACCGACCGUCGCCCAUGCGAAGACUCUCUGAAGAGAGCAUACGAACCGAGCUAUGCGAAGGUCCCAUUAUCGAGAGCCCGACGAGGCCGUCAACACCCGAGACCGACACCGACACCGAUGCUGCCGCCGCAGUUACCUCUGACAGGGCUGAGCUGAUUGAACGACUGAAGCGCGGGGAGAGCCCGACCUGGAUCCCGAACCGCCGUGUCGCAUCACCCAGGACCGAUCUGGUGGCUCACAACAUCACCAAGCUCGAGUCGCUCUUCAACAACCUGCCCCGCCCGAGCACGCCCAAGAGUCCCCGGCCGCCCUCGAGCUCGUCCAACAACAGCCUCUUGCCGCCGGCGAGCAUCACCCCGGACAGAGCAGCCGCCGACGGCUCGCGAGAGGACGAUGAGCGGCUGCGCGAAGGGUUGAGCAUACAGAGGCCGCGGUCUGCUCUGCACAGCGGCGACUUCACAGAGGACCACCAGCCGAGGCCGCGGUCGCGGUCGCGGCAGCAGCAGGAGCAGGAGACGACACAGGAGGAGACGACGCAUGGCGCAACCAACAAGUUCUUGGCGUCGCGCAGUUCAUGGCUCGCAACGUCACCACCGCGGGACUUUUCCCCGUUUCAGUUCGAGACGAGGUUGCCGUUUCCGGCGACGAAUGACGACUACCGUUCCGUCCCGUCCUCCUUGUCCUCCUCAUUCUCGUCUAGCUUCGUCUACAAGCCGCCGACGAGCCCGCUGGUCCAGUCCGAGAGCAACGACCAGCUCGACCUGUCUGCGCCGCUCAACAGCAUCGCCAUUACCGGGGGCUCACCGAGUUUCGCGGGCCCUUUGCGGCGACACACGUUGAACUCGGUCACAUCGUCCCCCUUUGCGUUCCCCUCGCCCAGGCAGUCCUCGCACCGGGGCACAGCGGCGCUGCCGUACCAGGCGCACCAGCCGCGGCGCUCCCUCACGUCGAUCCCGCAGGUGCCACUCCCUGGGGCCGCCUCGUCGCCGCAGACGCCCGCGGCGUUUCUGAGACCCAGGCGGCCGUCGUUCAACUCGGACACCUCCCCCUUGCAGCACGCCUCCAUGGUCGGGUCGUACGAGGAGAGCAUCCUCCGCGGCCGCAUGUCCACGACCCCGUCCAAGCCGCUCGACUUUCUUGCGCAGAUUGGCGUGCUGGGGCUAGGCAAGUGCAAAUCCAGUCUGCGGUGUCCCGCCCAUGUGACGUUGCCGUUUCCCGCCGUGUUUUACAGCUACGGGGGAGCUUCGCAAGGGCGUGUGCGGUCGGAAGACGGCCCCAGCCCGUACGUCGGCCAGAUUGACCUGGAAAACGGUCUACCCAACCCCGAGGAGGGACAGCGGUCCAAGAGGAAGAUGCAAAGCCGGUACGUCGAGAAGAAGAUUGCCGAAGACGACGUCCUCAUGGCGGAUGGGCCCGCGGACGGGUCCUCGGAUCGUGCCGCACAGCGGGCCAGACGGAGAUCGGCGUCUCCGAGAGCUCCGCCGGGCGGGAGUUAUCGCAUCCCCGAAAAGGGGCAGAUCCAAAUCGUCAUCAAGAAUCCCAACAAGACGGCGGUAAAGCUAUUCCUGGUGCCCUACGACCUGGCCGGUAUGGAACCCGGGACCAAGACGUUUAUCCGGCAGCGAAGUUACUCCGCGGGUCCCAUUAUGGAGACGAACACGCCCGGGUUAGAGGACGCACCCGGUGCCGCCGCCGCCGACCGCCCGAUCCUGCGAUACCUCGUGCACCUCCACAUCUGCUGCCCGUCCAAGGGGCGCUUCUACCUCUACAAGAGCGUCCGCAUCGUCUUUGCCAACCGCGUCCCCGACGGGAAAGAAAAGCUCCGAAACGAGACGACGAACCCGGAGCCGCGGUUCACGCCCUACAAGCCCAUCCGCGUGAUGCACCCGCCCAUGUCGAGCAGCCACAGCGGACCUGCGGCGACGCUCGCGGCCGAAAAGGCGUUUCGGAGGCGGAGUGCCGGGUUUCCCUUGGUUCCGUCUGCCUACCCGUACGCGGCGGAUGGUGGGAGUACAUCAGACGGGUUCUCGCAAUCGCCGCAGGCCGCGGGGUACAGUCGGCAGUCACCGUCACCCUUUAGCUUUGGCGGGGGAAACAAUAAUCAGCCCGUGGAAGCGGUGCCGUUUGCCCUUUCGGGGCGAGGGCGUGCCCGUCUGGGGAGCGACGUCAGCGAUACGACAAACACGACGAGUACCACGACGCCCGGCGUCCUGUCGCCGCAGUCGUCGCAGGCGAGCAGGCCGACAACAAAGGACGGCUGGGACGCGCAGAUUGCGAGGUACGAGAAGCUGAGCAAGGGGGACGUCGGAUACGGCGGCAACGCGUUCGCGCCGUCCUCUGGGCGCGGCGGGAGUCCUGGUGGCGCUGCGGAGGGGUUGCUUUCGCAGCGGCUGAGGUCUUUGGGUGUACAGAACCAGGGACAGGGGCAGCAGCAAGGCGAGAUGCCUUUUGGUCGACCGUAG